AUGGCAUGUCGUCUUCUGCUUCAGGGAGCCAACGAAAAGUUGGAUAAGGAUGUCAACUAUAUGCUGGUGAAGAAUUGGCUUGACAAAACGAUGGCUCUUGACAUUCUGACUGGAUAUUUAUUCAGCUUCUUUCAAAAGCUCCUCGACGACGAGUUGGGAAAGCUGACCCCGACCAAUAUCUUCCGCGAGGUGCUGGCGACUUACCGUGUUAUCUUCGGGCAACAUGCCGAUGCACGGAACCUGAUCAGAAAACACUGCUCGCAGGGCAAGCUCUUCAAUAAGUACAGAUCCCCAUGGCAGAAGCCACAUCCGUCGGCGUUUGUGCACAACCAUGCCGACCCAUUGCUUGAACGGCUAUGCUUCUACGACUGCCGAGACGAAACCCUCUUCGUGGAGCUGGACAUGCUCGAUCUCAAGCAUAACUACUUCCUCGACGACGACUUCCCUUGUUUCGCGGACCGGCUAUGGGCGCUACAGGAAUAUGUCGAGAACCAGUGCCCCAACAACUGGAAGGUACUAUGGCAGGACCGUCGCAACGUCAAGGAGUUCUGGACUAUCUGGGCCGUCGUUGUCUUCGCGCGUGCCUAG